CAGACACUUUCAAGGCGCUUGGCACGACGUACGGAUCUGCUAAGAGUAGUGUGUAUGUGUAAUAGUUUUCACGUAGGCAAUAAUUCGUAAAUUUAACCCAGUUAUUCACCGAGUACUUAGCGUCCCAAUUUAAUUGUACAAAGUAAACAAUGAGGCUGUGGUUGGUAGCGCUACAUAUAGCGCUUGUUGGUACCAAUUUAUGGGUGACAGCACACUUCCAGGAGGAGCUUCCCGAAGACAAUGAAUUUGCAGAAUUUGAGGAUUUUGAGGAAGAAAAACCAAAUCUUGGUGUGCCUGAUGAUUUAGUUGAACAAUUUAGUGAGGCUGAAUUAACCGAUGGAUUCGAGGAAGACGACGUACUAGUUGAAGACGGAGAUAGCGAGUUUGAUCAUUUUCAAGACGAAGAAGAAUUUGAAGGAUUAGACGCGACCGGAGUUAACGCCGGCCCCAAAUCAGACGAACCAUCCACGUUAACGAUCACAAAAGUUCCUCUUCACCUGCGCGCAAGAUGGGAUAGUUUCUAUUUAGAAAUCCUUAUGGUUGCUGGGCUACUUGUUUAUUUCAUAAAUUACGUAGCUGGUCGAUCUAAAAAUUGUAGAAUUGCUGAAACCUGGUUGAAUGACCACAAACAGUUACUCAUAGACAAUUUCUCAUUGGUGGGUGACAGUGGCAAACUGAACGAUGAAGUCUCUGAAAACGGACUAGUCAAAGAAAGCGAAUCUCAGUAUAGUUUAUAUUGCUCUGGUAGAGUAGGAUGUGAAUCAAUGUUGAUAGAGUUGAAGUUGAUCAAGAGACAAGAUCUGGUUGCAGUACUGGCGCAACUAGUAAGACCUCAAAACGACCAGGUACACUUUAAUAUUGAAUUGCCAAAAGAUGAUAUAGACACUUUUGUCUUAGCCAUUGCGGCAAAGAGAACAGCCACACAUUUAGUAAGAGAUAUGGCAGAUGUCUGCGUUUAUUGCCCUGAGAAGCGGCCUGGAGAAAAAUUUGGUCUUCCAGUUGGAUUCUAUGUGAUGUCAGAAAUUGCUGAGGCGGCCUCUGCUAUCUUGGACACCAGAGUAUUACAAGCAUUUACAAAGUAUGCUCCAUACAUCGACUACAUUCAUAUUAGCGACCAAUUCAGUGGACCCAAACAACAGGAAGAUGCGUCGCAACUUAACAUGCCUGAGGUAAAGAGAGUUCUCCUAGUUGGUCUUAAUAUCAACAUCAAAGGUCGAACAUCUACUCCCGAAGCACAGGAGCAAAUGCGACCGUUGCUACAACUGACAUUUUAUCUGUUGGAUAAAUUACGGCGAUUCAAAUUAUCCAAAGAGGGAAAAAAUAAGGCUGAUAAAAAUCGUCUGCGAGUGGAGGAAGCUUUUCUAAAGACAACACAUGCGGCCCGAGCUGAAGCGGCUGCGCAACGCCGUGAGGAUCGCAGAAGAGCAGAAAAAGAAAGAAUUCUACAGGAAGAAGAUCCUGACAAGCAAAGAAAGUGGGAGGAAAAAGAGCAACGGAGACUCGCUAAAAAACGUGCACCGAGAAUGAAGCAACUUAAAGUCAAGGCAUUGUGACAUGGUUUCAAUUAGUUGGGGCGCAAAAUUGUAAAAUUUCUUCAGUCACAAACUAUUUCAUAUCUUCAAUGAUUAUCGUAUUUUCAUAUUGAUGAGUAAAUAUUUUUAGUCUAAAA